AGAAUUAUCUGGGAUAAUAUUAGGCUCGUGUUUACGUAGGGUUGUUUAUUAAAUAUUUCCCGCGCAGUGGUUUUGUCGGCCUCUUAUUUAUUAUUCACUCUGAAAGUUUUUGGGCGGUGUAGAGGCUUACUGGUCUUUUCUUUGACCUUCCUCAGCUGGAAGGAUAACAAUGAGCUUGUGGGUUGACAAGUACCGGCCGAAGGAGCUGAGUAAAUUAGACUACCACCUGGAGCAAGCCAACCACCUUAGGAAGCUGGUUGAAUGUGGUGAUUUUCCCCACCUGCUCAUUUAUGGGCCUUCGGGAGCUGGAAAGAAAACGCGUAUUAUGUGCCUGCUUCGGGAACUAUAUGGACCCGGUGUGGAAAGACUUAGAAUUGAACAUCAAAAUUUUGAAAGUCCCUCCAAAAAGAAGUUGGAAAUUGUAACUAUUGCCAGCAACUACCACUUAGAAGUAAAUCCCAGCGAUGUUGGCUUCUAUGACCGAGUUGUGAUUCAGGAACUCAUUAAAACUGUAGCGUCUGCACAGCAGCUGGACACCAGUGGCCAACGAGAAUUUAAAGUGGUGGUCUUGACGGAAGUUGAUAAGCUGACCAAAGAUGCCCAGCAUGCCCUUCGUCGGACAAUGGAGAAAUAUAUGACUACUUGCCGUUUGAUUCUCUGUGCCAAUUCUACAUCCAAGGUGAUUCCAGCCAUCCGCAGUCGGUGCUUAGGCGUGAGAGUUGCUGCGCCAUCCUCCGAGACUGUGGCCCAAGUGCUUCAGAGUGCAUGCAAAAAGGAGGGACUUUCUCUUCCUCUAGAAUUAGCCAAAAAAAUUGCUGAAAAGUCCAACCGUAACUUACGACGUGCCCUGCUGAUGUGUGAGGCCUGUAAAGUGCAACAAUACCCCUUCAGUGCCCAGCAGGAGAUAUGUGUCCCUGAUUGGGAGACGUUCUUACAAGGAACUGCUGCCAAAAUUGUUGAGGAACAGAGCCCUAAUCGAUUGCUAGAAGUCCGGGAAAGAAUAUACGAGCUCCUGACACAUUGUAUACCUCCAGAGGUUAUUUUCAAGGGUCUGCUGAAGGAGCUGGUGCGGAACUGCGACGGAGAGUUGAAAUGUGAAGUUACUCGAUUAGCGGCAUACCACGAGCACCGCCUCAACCUUGGCUCCAAGGCCAUAUACCACAUAGAAGCCUUUAUUGCUUCCUUUAUGGCAAUUUAUAAAAAGUUCUUGGAGGAGAGCAUGUCUGCCAUGUUUUAGGAAGCAAAUGUAAAAUAGAAGUUUCCAGUGCUGAAGUGUAUUGUGUUGUCUUCAGAUUAGCUGAAUUAUUUUAUAAUGGUGUUUAAAUAUAUUUUUGAUCCAAGUAAAAUUUUUGCCAAUAAAAUUUGAGAUGGU